ACAAAAGGCGGAGUAAAAACCUGAGCAGUGGGAAUGGGACUCUGGACGCUGACACCGCCGAGCCAUGUGACCAUCACCUGGACUGCCUCCCAGGUUCUUGUUGUGACCUGAGACAACACGAGUGCAAAGCUCACAACAGAGGGCUCAACAACAAAUGCUACGAUGACUGCAUGUGUGAGGAAGGUUUCCGUUGUUAUGCAAAGUUCCACCGGAAGCGUCGCGUGACCAGGAGGCGGGGUCGCUGCGUUCUGCCGGACUCUGUCAGCACUGACCAAGGAGGCUUCAUCACUAUAUGAGGACAAGGAGGAGAGGAAACAGGAAAACAACCACAGGGACUCUGGAAAAGUUGACAGGACAGCAAUAACCCGACUAACGGACCAAACCACGUCCUGCUUUUGGAUCCGCUCACUCUUACAUAAACAGGGGAAACCCCUCCGUUUCUUUGGUUCCUUCCAGGUCUCCACAUGAGGGACGAUUCAUUCAGAAAAGCAGCUCUCAGAAAAUUCCUUUUUAUUAGUCAGAGGUUAACUGUUUAUCCUUGCUGCUAUUAUUAUUUUUGCUGUGGUUCUGAUUUUAUUUGGUCCAAAAAAGGGACUUUUAUUUUGAAAUGUGUCAGUUGGUGUUUCCUGUCACACUGUGUUGAAAUUGCAGUUCAUUUCUUUGUUGUUCUAGAUCAGAUUGUUUUCCUGCUUUAAGUGAUGAAGUGAAAUACAUUUUUAAAAUCUGCUACAGAAACUUUUGUCUCUCUAACUCAAAACUGUCCAACAAUCAUUUCUGAAAUGCCUGUCGCCUGUCUUUUCAUGGUAAUCUAGAGUUAGUCUAAAGGCCAAGGACUUUUUUUUCUUUUUUAUAAUGUUUUUUAAGGUAAACAAAACCAGCUGAUAGGGAUGCAUGAAAAGGUCUUUAAAACUGUUUUUAAAAUGCAUUUGACUGGUGGUCAAUAAUCAGAAUAGGAGUUGAAUUAAAGUCGUUCAUUUUACUGUA